UGUAUACGAAGUCACACUCUGUAUUUACUUGGCUUCUCGGGUUGAGAUGUGUUCUUGCACGACCCGCAACAAACUAUACACAUUUCAUCAAGAUUGGAACAACCAUCAACAUGUCGAUGUUAAACAUGAGUGGUUUUUGAAUGUCUUAUGUCGGUAAGUGAUGAUGGAUCUAUCCGGGCUUCAAGACGCUGAUGUGGGAGAUGAUGAUGUGGAUUUCAGUCCAGCAAAAAAUAAAUCUGUCGAUGGUAGGAAAAUGUCGAGUGAGAAUGGUGGCUCGAGUGAAGGGGUUAAACUGGAGAAGACAAUCACCCUGUUGAACGGUAUAACCAUCAUCGUCGGCUCUAUCAUCGGGUCAGGUAUCUUCAUUUCCCCUGUCACUGUUCUCUCCAACAGCGGCUCCACGGGCAUUUCAGUCAUUGUCUGGGCCGCCUGCGGGUUGCUUUCCCUGGCAGGGGCGCUCUGCUACGCCGAGCUCGGCACGAGCAUCAAGAAGUCUGGUGGUGAUUUUACGUACAUCAAGAUGGCCUUCGGUGCUGUCCCGGGGUUUAUGUACCUUUGGGUGACCAUGAUGGUAUCGCUGCCGUGUCAGCAGGCCAUUGUCUCCCUCACCUUUGCUGACUACGUCUCGCUGCCCUUCUUUACCGAGAAGGAAUGUCCACCACCAGCUGAGCUCCGCGGCAUGCUUGCUGCAUUCUGCAUGGUUACGUUGACUCUCAUUAAUGGAAUCAGUGUGCGAUGGGCCACACGAGUCCAAGACGUCUUCACUCUGGGGAAGGUUCUGGCACUAAUCCUCAUUAUCAUCAUGGGCAUGAUAGAACUUGCAAAAGGUACUACGAGCAGUUUUGAGAACAGCUUCAACACUGUAGCCGGACUUUCGAUGUCAGCCUCCGGUAUGGCCCAGGCAAUGUACGGCGGACUAUUUGCGUACGGUGGAUGGAACUUUCUGAACUUCUUGACGGAGGAACUUCAGAACCCAAUCAGGAACUUGCCUCUUGCCAUCUUGAUCGGCUUGCCCAUUGUGACCAUUAUCUACGUCUUAGCUAACAUCAGCUACCUUGCUGUUCUAAGUCCACAGGAGAUGCUCAUCUCAGAUGCAGUGGCACUGGCAUUCGGUGAGAAGACACUGGGUGUGGCGUCGGUAAUUAUUCCCAUAUCGGUCGCUAUGUCAACCUUUGGAGGCGUGAACGGCCUACUCUUGGCAAGCUCAAGGCUAAACUUCUCUGGUGCUCGAGACGACAAUUUACCUCAGAUGUUGGGCAUGAUCCACGUGCAGCAGAGGACGCCCCUCCCAGCACUCAUGUUUACGUGUUUAGUUUCUUUGAUGUAUCUGUUCGUCAGUGAUAUUGGCCAGUUACUGAACUACUUUAGUUUCGUGACGUGGACCAGUAUUGGUAUCUCUAUAUCGGGAAUGGUGUAUAUGAGAUGGAGUGAGCCAGACCUGGACAGACCAAUAAAGAUACCAUGUAUUCUACCCGUGCUGUUCGUGUUUGUCUGUGUGUUCCUAGUGGUGUUUGGAGCAAUUGGUCAACCCGUCGAUACCCUGAUUGGCUUUGCUAUAUCACUGAGUGGUAUCCCAAUUUACUUCAUCGGUAUCUACUGGGAAAAUAAGCCAGCAUGGAUGUUAAACUUCAUCGAUUCGACUACGGUGUUGCUGCAAAAAACCCUCCUGGUUGUGCCGCAAAACUUGAAACAAGACUAAGACUCUGGACUGCUGGUCAAACAAACACAACAAAACGCUGAACUUUUUAAAAUUGAC